GCUUCCGUAGCAACAGAAGGCAGAAAGCCUUUCGACUGUCAUAGCAACAAUUGUUUCUCCCGCCAGCGUGGUUUGUUUACAGUGCGUUGAAAUUCCAUGUGGACUUGAUUGAAAAAUAUCAGCUGAAUUCUUGAUCUUAAAAUCAGGAAAUAAGCUCACACAAACUCUCCGAAAACUCCGGAGAAGGAUUGCUAGCUCAAGCAAAGAGAUGGCGACAGAAUCAAGGAAUGAUUUGCACUUAACGUCGACAGGAAUUGCUCAUCAUGUUCGACCAACACAUCCUUUUCCUCCUUCUGGCUUCAGUAGAACUAUUGGUAAGGUCUACCCACCUCCAUUGAUGAAUGAUGACUUUGUUCCAAAAGAUGAGUACUUUAAGACAACCACAGGAAUAACCCAUGACUACAAGGCCCCAGGAGGGAUACUGAGCCAGAAGCCCCUGUACAAAAAGGCUCCUGGAUCCUGGAAUGUUAAAUAUGUUGAGGACAACAUUGCAAAGUUGAAGGUAAAGCCAUGGAGACGGCCUUUAACAAUGGGUUUUCAAUGCAGUGAGAUGAAAGCGGAGUACACAGGGAGACCGGGUGUCAAUCUGGACACCAAGUUCAAUGCUGGAAUACAGCCAUUCAAUCUGUCAGAUCAUCAUAGGGAAGGAAACAGCAAGAGUUUAGUGCCAUCAACCAUCAAUAGGAGCAUUGCUGGCCAGAAUUUCUACCCAAGAAACAGAGGCAUUCUAACGUAUCAUGCAGAUCCAUAUCUUACAACUACACAGAAAGAUCAUAGAGCAUUUACAAAACAUGAACUAAGCAGAUACCCAAAGAAGGAGUAUGCUACCUAUUGGGAAUGUGAAGGGUACCCCAAAGUUUGGGGUCAUGGAUCCAAGCAUAAUCCUUUGCCGCCCAACUCAGUACCCAGACAAGAAGGUCCCAUGAGAGAUGAACUAAUUUUUAGGGAGCCUACGACAAUCCCAAGGCUACCCAAAUCAUUGCUACCUGUGCAACACAAGGGAAUGAUACCACUUCAGAAAGAAUCCUACACAAAACCUCCAGAUCGCAAACAAUGGGAGCUCUUCACUUGUGAUGUUCCAAAGCCUUGGCAUUCACCAUUAGAAGCACCAACACAGGAUCUAACGUUCAUGGUUCCCAAGAUCCACUCAACUGAAUACCAAUAUUACGGAAGUGGCGAGACUGUCAAUGUCUAGAUUUCCGGUUCUGGUUGUCAAAAAUUUGUUCAACAUAACACAGGAAUCUCAGAAACGUAUUUAAAUUAACAACACGCUUUUUAUGAAAUAAUGGUAUGCAAUAUAUUUUAUAUUUAGGUGCAAAGUAAUUGCGGCUUGUCUUGCAUUAAUCAAUUGGUAUCAAAUACUAGAUACCACAGCUUGACAUAAAAAAGAUGAGCAAAAUAAAUAAAAAAAAUUAAAAAAUUAAUUCAUUAGAGAUUCCCAUUUUAUUGGAAAUCAAAACUUGCAUGACAGUAUUUUUUCAUGAUAGAAACAUAUACUUAGUUUCGUUAUUCACUCGAAAUUGAUCUUUCUACUUCACUGAUGUAAUCAUCCGUAAUUGUUUUUUGAAUAAAGUAUCAUCAUUAUC